UGGCCCGGAGGCCGCCUGCCGUGCGAAUGCUGCGGCGCGGCGGGCGUGGGCUCUUGCUGGGCCUGGCCGCGGCGGUUGCGGCGGCGGCGGCGGCCGCCCGGUGGCUGGGCUGGUGGAGCGGCCGAGCGGGCCUUCGCCUCUUCGUCCCCGAGGAGCUGGCCCGCUACCGCGGCGGCCCCGGGGACCCGGGCCUCUACCUGGCGUUGCUGGGCCGCGUCUACGACGUGUCCUCCGGCCGGAGGCACUACGAGCCUGGGGCCCACUAUAGCGGCUUGGCAGGCCGAGAUGCAUCCAGGGCGUUUGUGACUGGGGACUACUCAGAAGCGGGCCUGGUGGACGACGUAGCUGACUUGUCGUUUUCGGAGGUGCUGGUCCUUCAAAAUUGGCUUUCAUUCUACGAGAAGAAUUACAAAUUCGUUGGAAGGGUGACAGGAAGGUUCUACGGAGAGGACGGCCUCCCCACCCCCGCACUGAGCCGCGUGGAGGCCAUGAUCUCCCAAGGCGCAGAGGCGGGCCGACGGGCGCUGGAAGAGAAGCAGAUAUUCCCACCGUGCAACGCUGAGUGGAGCUCCAGGAGGGGCGGCCGGCUCUGGUGCUCCCCGGAGAGCGGAGGCGUGAGCAGAGACUGGGUCGGGGUCCCCCGGAAGCUGUACAAGCCAGGAGCCAAGGAGCCCCACUGUGUGUGCGUGAGAACGACCGGACCCCCCAGCGGCCAGGCACCUGGCCUCCCCACGCACACAAACCGUGGGGACUUGGACCACCCCAGCCUGGGCGAGUACACAGGCUGCCCACCCCUGGCCAGCAGCUGCUCCUUCCCACCAUGAGCCAGUGCCCCGGAUGGCAGGGAGC